AUAUUCCGUGUUUAUGAAGAUGCUGGGGCUGCUUCUAUCGGUAGUAGCGAUUCUUGGCACGUCGACGUUCGCCUAUAAUGGCGAAUUGGUGGAACAAGAAUGUCCCGUCGACUGUCAUUGUCAUUAUUUUCGCAUCAACUGGGUGACCGACUGCUCCGAGAGCAAUUUAACCAGCAUCCCGAACGACGAGCUCAGCCCGAACAUUUACAUUCUAGAUAUGAAUGGUAACAACAUCGCACAGAUCGGUCCAUUUCCACAUUCGAUCAAGCUGAGGCGUCUCCAGAUGGCACACAAUCGAUUGACCCAGCUCAAGUAUGAAUCCUUUGCUGGAUUAAUUUACCUGCUGGAGGCAGACUUUUCGUCAAACGCCAUCACUCAUGUCGAUCCCGAGGCAUUUAGGGACAGCCCUGGUCUAAUCUCGCUGGAGCUUCAGAACAAUCCUCUGGACGAGGUGAAGGGUCACUUUUUAAAUUGUCGUACCCUGCUCUACCUCGAUCUGAACUCAUGCGGCAUCCACCGUCUGAACACACAAUUCUUCCACAAUACCACGAAUCUGAAUAAGCUCGACCUGUCGCAUAAUCCGCUCGGACAGAUCGAGCCUGGCCCGUUCGAUCACCUCACUAAUCUAGAAUACCUGAAGCUGAACGCCUGCAACUUGACCCACAUCUCUCCGGAUGCGUUUGCACAUUUGGAAAACCUUCGAGAACUCGAGAUGGCGGAGAAUGAUCUGCGUACGUUGAGCUGGACGAGUGUCUUAGCGCCGCUGAUUCGUCUUGAAUACUUGAACAUCAGGAAGACUGGAAUUACCAAUUUGCCAGGGGAUGCGUUUGCGAAGAAUUUGUACCUCAGGCAGUUGGUGCUCGCCGACAACGAGCUGUGGCAUUUGGACGUUGGGAACACGCUGGGCCAUAAUCUGCAUAGUCUUCAGUCGUUGGAUUUGUCGAACUGCAAUCUGCAAGACCGCUUGUCGGAGGAAGCUUUCAAAAAUGCUAGUAAACUGCGCGUGUUGAAUUUGAGCGGCAAUCCGAUGUUCGCUGCUGAUUUGACAGCGGUGUUGCGUCACUUACCGAAGCUUCACAAGCUUUCGUUGAGCAAUUGUAGCCUGCGACGACUGCCUAAUGCUUUCCACGUGUUCGAGCAUCUAGAGGAGCUAGACAUCUCGCAUAAUCCUUUGUCAGACGCAUUUGUCAGUUUGUUGAAUCCAUUGGAAUCGUUGGAAUACUUGGACAUGUCUUAUUGCAAUCUUGGUUACGUCGGUAACAACACGUUCGCUCACAUGACUUCACUGAAGAAACUAAUAUUGUCCGGAAACAAGCUGCAUACUCUGGAAGAGGGAUUGUUUGCAAACCUGACGAGGUUGGAGAGCCUAGAACUCAACAACUGUGACUUAAAAACCCCCAUAGAUCCUAAGGUAUUCGGCGACCGAGUCAGCACCGACAUCAUCGAACUCAAGCUCAGUGGAAACUCUCUGGAAGAUCUGGCCUGUCUGAAAAAGCUACGCAUGCUCGAGCAUUUGGAUCUCAGCAACAACAACCUGACCACCAUUGUACCGCGAAUAUUCAAGUCGAAUCCACGCCUGUUGUCGCUCAAUUUGCUGAGUAAUCCAUUCGUGUGCAAUUGCUUCAUCACGGACAUGUGGGACUGGGCGAUACAGGUGAAGAAUGAUCUGCACGUGCUGGUGGGUAGCCAGCCAGCGAAUUUCGAAACUGGCGCGGCGAAACUGAGGAAGAGUCUGUCCUGUACGUACGACGAUGAGACUUACCGCAAGAUCGUGGAACAGGCACGUACCAGCCUGAUCGUGGAUCAACGACGUGCUAGAAAAGGUGACCUGACCCCGACUCGUACCUGGGCGAAAUACGUCCGCGAGUCGACCUGCGGUCGUAGUUUA